AUGCCGCACCUGUACCGGCCCCCAGGGCCCCAGGCUCACCCGGUGCCCAAGGAUGCCCGGGCCACCCACUCCUCGGGCCAGAGCUUCGAGCAGCUGAGGCAGGGCUGCCUGCAGAAGGACAUCCUGUUUGAGGAUGUGGACUUCCCUGCCAACACUGCGUCCCUGUUCUACAGCCAGAGGCCCCAGGUCCCCUUUGUGUGGAAGCGCCCAGGGGAAAUCGUGAAAAACCCAGAGUUCAUUCUCGGAGGGGCCACCAGGACUGAUAUCUGCCAGGGGGAGCUUGGAGACUGCUGGCUGCUCGCCGCCAUCGCCUCCCUGACACUGAAUGACAGAGCGCUGGCCAGAGUCGUGCCCCAGGACCAAAGCUUCAGCCCCGGCUACGCCGGGAUAUUCCACUUCCAGUUCUGGCAGCACAGCGAGUGGCUGGACGUGGUGGUCGACGACCGCCUGCCCACCUUCAGGGAUCGCCUGGUCUUCCUGCACUCCGCCGAGCACAGCGAGUUCUGGAGCGCCUUGCUGGAGAAAGCCUACGCCAAGCUGAACGGGAGCUACGAAGCGCUGAAGGGCGGCAGCGCGCUGGAGGCCAUGGAAGACUUCACCGGGGGCGUCGCAGAGACCUUCCAAACCACGGAGGCCCCCGAGAACUUCUACGAGAUCCUCGAGAAGGCCCUGAAGAGGGGCUCUCUGCUGAGCUGCUCCAUUGACACCAGAAAUGCUGCAGAAUCUGAAGCCCGGACCCCUUUUGGUCUCAUUAAGGGUCAUGCCUACACCAUAACGGGAGUUGAUCAGGUAAACUUCCAAGGCCGGAACAUCGAGCUUGUCAGAGUCCGGAACCCUUGGGGCCACGUUGAGUGGAACGGGUCCUGGAGCGACAGCUCUCCUGAGUGGCGUUCCAUCUGCCCGGCUGAGCAGAAGCGUCUGUGUCACACCACUCUGGAUGACGGGGAAUUCUGGAUGGCAUUUAAGGACUUCAAGGCCCAUUUCGACAAGGUAGAGAUCUGCAACCUCACUCCCGAUGCCCUGGAGGAGGACGCUCUUCAUAAGUGGGAGGUGACCGUCCACCAGGGAAGCUGGGUGCGGGGCUCGACGGCUGGGGGCUGCCGCAAUUUCCUGGAUACCUUUUGGACGAAUCCACAAAUAAAAUUGUCCCUGACCGAGACAGACGAGGGGCAGAAGGAAUGCACUUUCCUCGUAGCCCUGAUGCAGAAAGAUCGGAGGAAACUCAAGAGAUUUGGCGCCGACAUGCUGACCAUCGGCUAUGCCAUUUAUGAGUGGCCAGACAAAGGCAAACGCCUGGACAAAGACUUCUUCAGGUACCACGCUUCCCGGGCCAGAAGCAAAAGCUUCAUCAACCUGAGAGAGGUGUCCGAGCGGUUCAAGCUGCCCCCUGGGGAAUACGUCCUGAUUCCCAGCACGUUUGAGCCUCAUCAGGAAGCUGAUUUCUGCCUGAGGAUCUUUUCGGAGAAGAAAGCCAUCACCCAGGAAAUGGAUGGACACGUAGACAUUGACCUUCCUCAGCCUGCAGAGCCGAGUCCACCUGGUCAGGAGACAGAGGAAGAACGACAGUUCCGGGACCUGUUUGAACACGUCGCCGGCGAGGACCUGGAGGUGACCGCAGAGGGACUGGAGUAUGUCUUGAAUGCUGUGCUGCAGAAGAGUAAGUGCUGCUCCCACGGGGACACAGGCUGCACCAGCGGCAACGGGAAGCUGGAGUUGGAUGAGUUCAAAGUGUUCUGGGACAAGCUAAAGCAGUGGAUUAACCUUUUCCUUCGGUUCGAUGCUGACAAAUCCGGCACCAUGUCCUCCUAUGAGCUGCGGACCGCUCUGAGAGCCGCAGGCUUCCAGCUCAGCAGUCACCUCCUGCAGCUGGUGGUCCUCAGGUACGCGGACGAGCAGCUCCAGCUGGCCUUUGAUGACUUCCUCAACUGCCUGGUCCGGCUGGAGAACGCGAGCCGGGUCUUCCAGGCUCUCAGCACGAAGGCCAAGGAGUCCAUUCGUCUCAACAUAAAUGAGUUCAUCAUGGUGACAAUGAACAUUUGA